AUAUUCAAGGAACGGGGUCUUAACGGUCUCAACGAUAAAACAAUAAUAGCAAAAAAUAGCAAACGUCUUGAAUUUGUCCAGUCUUUGCUAUCUUAAAAACAAAAAACAAAAAAGAGAAGAAAGCGAAGAACUAUAAAUAAAGUUUGGUCAAAAUCAACUUCUUGGCGUAGAAACGAGAUAUUUGUCAAAUAAAGCAGUAACCAAAAUAAACCGGGUCAUGUGCUGAGAAAGCAAGAGUUACGACUUGAGGCAGUAAACGAUUAUGAAAUUUAGAUUAAAAAGACAUUCACUUUUCUAGAAAAUCUCUUUUUAAGGUCUAUAUUGUUAAGCGUCUCCUUACGCUUGACGAUAAAUGUUCUAAUUAAUCGGCGAAAGAUUGAUUAUAGCAUAUCGGUCAAUAAUUCCCUAAGAAACAAAUUCUCUCAAUGGUCUCAUCACUUGAUCAAAAAUUUUCACUGGAGCACAACAGUCGCUUUAACCAGUUCAUGAGUCCUCAACUAACGUGAAACUAUGGCUAAGCAAAUGGAAAAAUCAUCAAAUUUCCCUAAAUAUCGUGCCGAUGGACAAAGCACUUUCAAGGAGAAAAACGAUGAUAAAUUUAUAGUAAAAUAUCGUAAAAAUUUUUAUGAUAUUAAAAAAUUUAUAGUAAAACAUCCAGGCGGUGUAAAUACGUUAAAAGGCCUCAACAAUUCUGAUAUGACAUCACGAUUUAUUAAAGCACAUCCCCAUUCAGAUGCUGCCAUGUAUUUAAUGAAGGAAUAUCACAUUACGAAGCCGACACAGCUGUUGACAACAAAAACUUGUAAAAGCAAUGAUUACAAUAUAAAAGAUGCCCAAUACGAAAAAUUAAUAGUAUCAUCAAUGGAAGACAGCAAUAAUAAUAUCAUUGAUGAAAAUGUUGAGCAUUUAGUAGACUGGUCUCGAGCUAUGUUACCUCAAAUUGGCAAAAUCUGUAAGCAAUAUGAACAAUGGGUACACAAGCCAGUGGAUAGGUCCUUACGGCUUUUUGGUCCGUGGUACCUAGAAAUGUGUACUAAAACUGCUUGGUGGGUCGUGCCAAUAUUUUGGUUACCUGUAAUCGGUGCUUUAAUUUAUAAUGAAAUGUGGGACGUUUUAUUUGGCGGCAAUGUGCUCAAAAUAUUAUCGCUACUUUUUUAUUUUUUGUUGGGUAUACUAUUCUGGACAUUUUUGGAAUAUGUUUUGCAUCGUUACCUUUUUCAUAUGUCGAUCAAUAAACGUAGUCAUCCGUUGUUAUGCAGUUUUCAUUUUAUGAUACAUGGCCUACAUCAUAAAGUUCCAUUUGAUUCAAUGCGUUUAGUGUUUCCACCACUGCCUGGAGCAAUCCUAGCUAUAAUAAUUUAUGCUCCUUUGUCUAUGAUAGUACCGCAGCCACGCGUAAUAUUAGCAGGAGCCCUCUUCGGUUACCUAUGCUAUGAUAUGAUGCAUUACUAUUUACACUACGGUAAUCCUUCAAACAGACUCUUAUAUCACAUGAAACGUUAUCAUUAUCAACACCAUUUUGCUCAUCAGAAUUUAGGAUUUGGUAUAUCGACUCCUCUCUGGGAUACUAUAUUUAAUACGCGCAUACAUUUAAGAAAAUUAAGAUUUCGUUUAAAAUGGAAAUAGACUUGAAUUUAGCGUUCAAGAAUGCCUUCUUUAAUUAAGUGAAAAAUAAAAUUACGGCUAACUUAACUAAAAACGUUUUUCUUUAUUAUCACAAUUUAUAAAAUAAUUGAUCAACAACGUAAACUUACA